AUGGCAAAAGUAGAAGAUGAACCGACAUCAUCGAUUCAACAACAACAACAACAACCUUCAUCGUACAUAUUGCUGUUGAAUAUCAUGAGCAAAAGAAGAACAUGGGCAUGUCUUUUUUUCCUUGUUUACGGAACUGUUUUUGGGUUGCUUUCAAUGGUUGCUGCUUUGGUUGUUAUGGUUCCUGCGGUUUUGGUGACGUGGAUAACGGUGGUUGUUUUGUUGGCUUUUUUUGGAAAGCCUAGGAGGGUUUUGGUGGUUGAAGGGAGGAAGAUUACUGGUGAGAUUUUUAGUUUUGUUGUUAAGAUUUUGUUGACAGAAGGGAAUGUUGUUGCUGCUGUUUGUGCUGUUUUGGGGUAUUUUGUGUUGGUUAGAAGGAACAGUGAAUGA